GAUUGGCUGAUCAUCCUGCUCUGAUCCUGUCAAAAUAUUAUAACUGCUUCUCGUGUCCCAGCGUUAAAUGUUUAUUUCCGAGUUGCCGGUGAAACGGGUGCCGAGGAGUCUGAAUAUCGUUGACUGAUCUAGUCACGUAGGGGAACUUCACCAACUCGAGCUGUCCUUUAUCGUUUACGUUUAGGCAGCCAGAUAGUUGCUCGCUAAGUUAGUUGUCAGCUGGAUUGCGUUUUCAUUGACUGCCGAGGCCUCUCCUCAUUUGUAGGCAGAGGCAGCAACAUCUUCGAGUGUGUAUGUUUUCUAACUUACUGUGUGUUGUUUCCCGGCAACACCUUUGCACAGAUAGUCGCCAGUGUAUCUCCAGAAGCAAGCCCAGCCUCGAUCGAAAGAGGAAUCCAGCUCUACGUGUUCGAUUGCUGGGGCGUUUAUAUGAGCGUUAUAGCUAAAUGGCGUCUGACACUAGUGACACAGAAGAAUUUUACGACGCGGCCGAAGAUGUCAGUCUGAGCCCUUCUCCAAACGUGUCACCUGAAAAAUUUGCCUUACUUGAAAAAAAGAUUAUCGACAGCAUCAUCGAGGAGAGCCAGAAGAAGAGCACUACCGCAGAUAAUUCGCUGCUAACAGACAACAGAGAAGCUUCUGAGGGGGGUGGGCCCCAAGGGGCGGGGCCAGGAGGGGGCGGGGUCGUGGACGAGGACACGGGUCAGCAGGAGACUGAUGCAGGGCAUCCGUCCGUAGAACCGCAAGUUGUAGUUGAGAUAUCAGAGGUUCCCGUCGAGGUCCAUGAUGGAGAGCAGGAUGCUGGGACGACGGCCCCCACCAAUGGCGCCCUUGAUGCGUCUGGCUCGUCAGUCGAGGCAACCCAGACCGCCACACCGCCAGAUGUCACUAGUGUCCUGGUUCCAGAAGAACCACGACCUCCGCAGCUCGAUCCGACCACAGACUCGGGCCACCCUCCCAGCACAGCGGACAUUCUGCAGCAGGUAUCUGACAGCACCAAGCUGGCUGACCAGGACCCCCUCGCCCCCAGCAAGCCCCCCCGGCAGUUCAUCGUGGAGCCGGACAUCGUGGCCAGCACCAAGAAACCGGUGCCCAUACGACCCCCCCCACCCGGCGGGGCCCCCCCUCCACGUCCUCCUCCUCCAUCCCGCCCUGCUCCCCCCCCUCGCAAAAAAACUCAGGAGACGCUGCGGCCAUCAGCACUGGAAGUGUCCUCAGAACAGCCUGCGUCCUUUGGCCUGGUGUCGCCCAACACUGCUGUGGACUUCAUCACCAAGGACCUGCAGCACUCGCUGGACCUGGCCAGUGCCACCAGCGGGGACAAGGUGGUCACUGCCCAGGAGAGCGGCAAAGCGGCGGACGGACAGAGUUCAGCACCCAGUGAGGGCCAGGCACCAGGACCCCAGCGGCCGCGCUCCGACUCUGGCCGUGAGAUGACCGACGAGGAGAUCCUAGCCAGCGUGAUGAUCAAGAACCUGGACACGGGGGAGGAGAUCCCACUCAGCCUGGCCGAGGAGAAGCUGCCCACUGGAAUUAACCCGCUGACACUGCACAUCAUGAGGAGGACCAAAGAAUACGUCACGAAUGACUCGGCGCAGUCUGAUGACGAAGACAAAUCCCACAGCCAGCUGAGCGACACCGACGGAGGGAAGCUCAAACAGAGGACCACACAGCUGAAGAAGUUUUUGGGCAAGUCCGUGAAGAGGGCCAAACACCUAGCAGAGGAGUAUGGGGAGAAGGCUGUCAACAAGGUGAAGAGCGUUCGUGAUGAAGUGUUCCACACGGACCAGGAUGACCCGUCCUCCAGUGAUGACGAGGGAAUGCCAUAUAACCGGCCGGUCAAGUUCAAGGCUGCCCACAGCUUCAAAGGACCUUUUGACUUUGAUCAGAUAAAGAUGGUUCAGGACCUGAGUGGGGAACACAUGGGCGCUGUGUGGACGAUGAAGUUCUCUCAUUGUGGCCGACUGCUAGCCACCGCUGGCCAAGACAACAUGGUCCGCAUCUGGGUUCUGAAAAACGCCUUUGACUACUUCAACAACAUGAGGAUCAAGUACAACACGGAAGGCCGUGUUUCUCCGUCUCCCUCCCAGGAGAGCUUGAACUCCUCGAAAUCUGACACCGAUGGUGGGUUCCCCAGUACCCAUGAGGAUCCAGACACAGAGGACAGAAACGUCCCUUUUCGCCAAGUUCCCUUCUGCAAGUACAAGGGUCACACAGCCGAUCUCCUGGACCUGUCCUGGUCGAAGAACUACUUCCUGUUAUCCUCCUCAAUGGACAAGACAGUCAGGCUGUGGCACAUAUCAAGGAGAGAGUGUCUCUGCUGCUUCCAGCACAUUGACUUUGUGACAGCAAUCGCCUUCCACCCUAGAGACGACCGUUACUUCCUGAGUGGUUCCUUGGAUGGCAAGCUGCGGCUCUGGAAUAUCCCAGACAAGAAAGUUGCACUGUGGAACGAGGUGGAUGGGCAGACACGCCUCAUCACCGCCGCCAACUUCUGCCAGAACGGGAAGUACGCCGUCAUUGGUACCUACGAUGGACGCUGCAUCUUCUAUGACACUGAGCAUCUAAAGUACCACACCCAGAUCCAUGUGCGAUCCACACGGGGAAGGAAUCGCGUGGGCCGCAAGAUCACUGGCAUUGAGCCUCUGCCUGGGGAGAAUAAGAUCUUGGUGACCUCCAAUGACUCUCGGAUUCGGUUGUAUGACCUGAGAGACCUUUCCCUGUCGAUGAAGUACAAAGGAUACAUGAACCACAGCAGUCAGAUCAAGGCUAGUUUCAGUCACGAUUAUUCAUUCAUCGUAAGUGGUUCAGAGGACAAGUACAUCUACAUCUGGAGCACGUACCACGACCUGAGUAAAUUCACCUCUGUCCGACGAGACCGCAAUGACUUCUGGGAAGGGAUUAAGGCCCACAAUGCCGUUGUCACGUCGGCCAUCUUCGCCCCCAAUCCCAGCCUCAUCGUGUCUCCGGAAGCUGGAGCUGCUGAUAAGCCAGACACUGAGGACAGGAGUGGUGAUCCUAUGGACACAGAAGCCAUCCCUUCAGGAGCUCUGAAGACGGACCAUAGUGAAGUUCUCCUUUCAGCCGAUUUCACUGGUGCCAUCAAGGUUUUUGUUAAUGUGAAGAAGUAUUAAGCACAUUUACCCCCCCCCCCC